AGCUACAGCAACGUGAGUGUCUUCAGGACAACAAGAAAAUGUCUCUCCAAGAUUUAGAGAGCACCCCUCGGUGUAUUUUUGACUGUUAUUUUACAUUUAGGUAUUGAACCAGCUUUAUUUCCCAGAAGAAUGUCUUCAGAUAAGAUGACUGUGCUUUUGUGUGCGCGUGUGUGAGCGCGCGGUUUUUAUUCUCAUUCAUCCCCUUUACCCUUCAUUCAUGGACAAGCUAAGCUCUUUUUAACGCAGUCAGGCUCUUUAAAGUUAAAAUCAACCUAGGGUUCCUGCGCGUGUCCGAUUCGCGCCUCAGAGAAAGGAGAAAGAGCGAGCCAUUGCUUUGACGUCACAGUGGUGAUGAUGAUGAUAAUCGGAAUCCAUAGGCGAGUGUAGUACGCGUGAAGCGGCUUCUGUGAACCUCAGUAUGUUGAUGCCUUAAUAACAAGUGUUCAAUUCACGCGCCAAUUCCAGGAGCACUCAAGGACAGAGAGGAGCAUAGCAAACCCAUGAGAUGGUAUGGUAAAUGUUGAUAGAAUGGAUUUGACUAAAAUGGGUGCGAUUCACCUCCAAAACCCUGGCCACCCCACAUCGCUCCUGCAGAAGGCCAACCAGAUGCGCCUCUCCGGGACUUUGUGUGAUGUGGUCAUCAUGGUCGACAGCCAGGAGUUCCAUGCCCACAGAACCGUGCUUGCAUGUGCUAGCAAGAUGUUUGAGAUACUUUUCCACCGCAACAGUCAACAUUACACUCUGGACUUCCUCUCACCAAAGACCUUCCAGCAGAUUCUCGAGUAUGCUUACACUGCCACGCUCCAAGCCAAGCUGGAGGACCUAGAUGACCUGCUGUAUGCAGCAGAGAUCUUAGAGAUAGAAUACUUGGAGGAGCAAUGUCUGAAGAUUUUGGAGACCAUCCAAGUGACUGAAGAGAAUGACACAGAUAUGAAUAUGAAUGAGAAUGGAGCUGAGGAUGUCGAUGACCACAGGAUCAAGUACCUUAAGAGCACAUUUAUCACAAAAAAGCAUUCCAUACCGGAUGGUGGCUAUGGUAACGCCGCCCGCCAUCACUUGGCUCUGGUCAGCAUGGUUGAUAAGAGAUCUUCAGACUCAGCCCAACUGGGUCUUCCAACCAUUAGCCCAACAAAUGCUGCCAUAGAGGGCCUGAUGAGCAUGGGCCAGUCCACCUUCCAAGGAAACAUGCCCCAGACCUUUGUGCAUAAUCAUGGUAGUGCAUCUCCAUUGCUUGAUAAGAUUAAAACUGAAAUGAUGCAGGUAGACGAAGAGUUCCAACAUGAAGGCAUCUUCCCCAGGAACGGGGAGGGCGGCUUUGACUCGAGGCAGCACCGGGACACUCCCGGAACCCCUACCAGAAGCAGCGUCAUCACCAGUGCUCGCGAGCUACACUCUGCCGAUAGUUCUGGCGACUCCCAGGGAGACGGCAGCCAAGUGGGCCUGGUGAACAUGGCCAGUCUAGCUGAAAGACAUUUCACAUCGCUGUGCUCUAUACCUUCCAACUAUAAGAGUGAUGGCAUGCUGCCCUUGCCUGUAUCCAUGGCUUCAUCGUUACAUGUGCCAUCCUCCCUGGCCAUGUCCAUGGAUUUCAGUGCCUAUGGGGGGCUCUUCCAUCAGAGUUUGAUUCAGAGGGAGUACUUAAGCAAGCUUGGGGCAAAUGUGAAGCACGAGGCCCAAACCCAGAAAGAACGAUGCGAGGUGUGCGAUAUGGAGCUGCCUGAUAAUGAAGCUGCUGAACAACACAAGAAGUUGCACGGUGGAGUGAAAACCUUUGGCUGUGAGUUCUGUGGAAAACAGUUCCUGGACAGUUUAAGACUGAGGAUGCACAUACUGUCUCAUUCAGCGGGACCAAAAGCACUAGUGUGUGAUCAGUGUGGGGCUCAGUUCUCCAAGGAGGAUGUGCUGGAGGCCCAUCGGCAGACACACACAGGUUCAGACAUGGCUGUUUUCUGUCUGUUGUGUGGCAAGCGUUUCCAGACACAGAAGGCUUUGCAGCAGCACAUGGAGAUUCAUGCCGGUAUGCGCAGCUACAUCUGCAGUGAGUGUGAACGCACCUUCCCGAGCCACACGGCGCUCAAACGCCAUCUCCGUUCACACACAGGUGACCACCCAUUUGAGUGUGAGUUCUGUGGGAGCUGUUUCCGUGAUGAGAGCACGCUGAAGGGACACAAGCGCAUCCACAAUGGAGAGAAGCCUUAUGAAUGUAAUGGCUGUGGCAAGAAGUUCAGCCUCAAGCACCAGCUGGAGACCCACUACCGUGUCCACACAGGUGAGAAGCCGUUUGAGUGCAAGCUAUGUCACCAGCGCUCACGGGACUACUCGGCCAUGAUCAAACACCUGCGCACCCACAACGGCUCUUCACCAUACCAAUGCACCAUCUGCCAGGAGAACUGCCCCAGCCUCUCGUCCAUGCAGAAGCACAUGAAGAGCCAUAAGCCUGAGGAUGUCCCCCCAGACUGGAGGAUUGAGAAGACCUACCUGUACCUCUGCUACGUGUGAGACAGGGAGCUCAGACCCAGACAAAAGAACUGGAAAUGUGGCGAGAUGUGCAAACGGACAAACCUGAAGGUUUGCUUUUGGGCCAGGCCAAAGGAAGAGAGGGGGCGUUUUCAAAGUGAUUAAAUGUAAUGUGGAAUUUUUGACAUUUUGCUCGCAUUUGCAUUGACAUGCAUUUUUUAAAUCACAUUUUACAGGAUAUAACUGCACUAAAACCUGUUUAUGAAAUGGAAAUGUGAUAUGUCUCUAGGUGUAAUAAAGGGAUGUGAAUUUGCAGAAAGUAUUAGUACAGUCCACUGCUUCAAAUUUGCCAUCCCUUUGAAAAAACAGGCAGGAAUCUGUUUGCUUUCCACUUUGUUUAUUUGAGAAAUUUACAGCAUUAUCAUACUUGUAAUGUUUUAUUCCCAUAAGGAUUCUCUGGAAAGCUCACUUUUCCUUGAACAUAGAACACCUAUAGAAUAUUUCUAUAGAAUACCUAUAGAAUAUUCUGCGUUCAAUACAUGUUAAGCACAAUCGACAGCAAUUGUGGCAAAUUCUACAAAUAAAAAUUGGACACGCUUCUCCUUUUCAUUAAAACAUAAAAACAAAAAAUAAGCAAAAAUCGAGGUUACAGUGAGGCACUUACAAUGAAGUGAUUGAGCCCAAUUUUUGGAAGGUUUAAAAGCAUGUGAAUCUUAUUAUUUUAUAAAAGCACUUACAUUAAUUCUUCUGGAUUAUUUGAGAUGUAAAAUGUUUUAAUCAUAUUUUUUGCAGGAUUACAGGGUUUACGACGUUGCAGUGUCAUGGCAAUGAAGUUGUGAAACUAUAUAUAACUUUACACAGAAAAGAGGAGAUCUUAUCACACUUAAAUCAUGUUAUCACGCAUAUUGUUUAUGUCUUGUGGCUAUACUUUUGAAACCGUGAGUAUGGUAAUGUUUAUGAAAUUGCCAUAUAAUUUUACAUUGUAAGUGCCUCUGUAAUCCAAUUUGUUUAUUUUAUUUUUUAAGAAAAGGAGGAAUAAGUCCAAAUAAUUUUUUGUCGUAAGGAACAUUAUGCCACAAAUGCUUUCAAUCAAGCUUAACUUCAAUUGAACCCGGAAUAGUCCUUUUAAAGAAUGAUAUUGAGUCAAAUAAGAACAUGGACUAAAGCUCAAUUUAAACACAAACAUGAUAAUAAUACAAGAUAAACACAUCAGUGGAUGAGUUCAUGCCCUUUUACCUUCUCUUAAAUUCAUUAUUAGGCUUUUUAGUCCACAAUUUUCAUGAUUUUUUUAAAUAAAAACAUGUGUGUCGAAAUGCACAAGUUUGGACCCAUUAAUCAUUCUCUUCAAAGCAGAAUAAAGUGCUUAAUGAAACACAAUUUUCUCAGAGGUACAUCCAAAUUGUGCUGCCAAGCAACUGAAGUGGAUGUUCAGGAACAUUUAUUUAAAUAACUACACUGUGCACUUUCAGAGUUUUAGAGGCCAUUUUUGGUUGUUUUAAGGACCACAUUCUGCAUUUAGUGCAUUCAGACGAAGCCAGAGAGGUGAAUCCAUAUUAUUUGCUUUAGAUUUCAGUCAGUUCCAUAUCAAAUAAUACAGUUGUUCAGUUAAUUUCACUCUUAAGGUCAUAACGGAACAUGCUAAAUUGCUGUGAUACAAGCAUUUUUAGUCAAAGAAUUUCACAGCUAAUGAACUGUUAACACGACAAUAGUUUCUCAUACUCAGAAACCAAUUAAAGAGAUUAUAUUUUAGAUUAAAAAGUGAAAAUGCAGUAUAUGUUUCUGCAGGCUUCUGCCGAGGAUACUUGUGUAGUUAGAUCGCCGUUAUUGUUUAUCUUUGUGUUCUGACAUCUCUGUGUUCAAAUGUUUUACUUGAAUUGCCUAAUUUUGUUACCUCACAUGCUAGAUUUAUUUUUGUACUCAUCUCUUUUUCUCUAAUUUCCUGCUGAGCUGUGUUUAAGAGCGGGAAUUAUUCUUUGCUAUGACAGAACGGAAUUAAUCAGUAUCGGUAAACCACACUAUUCAGUGGUGUAAUCUUGUUAGUGAGCUCCGUACUAGUCUGAAACCCUUGCACAAGUGUGUAUAUCUGCCUCUCGGUUAUCUUUUUCAGGCCUACCUCUACACUGCUCUCGAUUUUGCACUAAAGCAAAAGCACACUUUUGCAACACUUUUGCUUUGCUUGAGACUGGCAUUUUCAUUCACACUCAGUCUCAUUGUCCAUUCGCUGAAAUCUAGGUUUGUUUGUCAUUAUAUUCACACUCCUUGCGAUUAUAAGUUUUUUCAGCCUGAAAGGGUAUAUGCAUUCAUUCUGAGUGAUUGUAGGAUAGUGUUGAGAAAAUGUUUAGUUGUUAGAUACUUGAGGGAUAAACUUGAAACAAUGUGAAACGAAGAGAGAUCUUUUUUAUGUGAAAAUUAUUCAAGCGUUGAAUCAUCUGAAAUGCAGUACUCGUGUGCCGUUAUGCGGGAGAUGUUAGCUUGAAAGAAAAUAAAAAAGAAAAGGGGAUUUUCUGUGAAAAUAAAUCUCUGAGACAAGAGCCAAAAGUGGCACUUUGAUAAGGGAAUAUGUUGUAUUUUUGUAUGGGGUAAUGUGUGACCCCUGUUCUUUUGUUCAUUGAAGUUAGGCGAAUAUUUUUACGGUAACUUUUGCAUUGUGCUUGUUCUUGAUUUGUGUAUAAAAAUUGUUUUCUUGUGCUUAUUUUACUAUGUUAAAAAUAUACAGUAGUAGAUGUUUGUAAAAACAAAUCGUAGUCAUUGCUGCUGGGUGUUCAUAAUUGACGAUGAUGAUAAUAAUUCCACAUUUUGAGUGUGAAAAAUAACUUUGAGUGAUCUAAUGCCAAGAGCUGUAGGCCUGUCACAGUCAUGGAGCACAACAAACCAGUAAAACAUCAAAAGAAAAGAUGUAUCUGUGUCUUUGUAUUGUAUUCACUGCUCACUGUAAGAUUAGACUCACCUUUAAGAUCUGUACUGGUCCUCGUGUUUGCAGUGUGAGUCAAUGUGUGAAACGUAUUCAGUGUUAAAUACAUGCACCCGUUAAAAACACGUCAGAGAGGUGCUCAUGUAAAUGAUUUGAUACAUCUUCUGUAUUCAUGUACACAGGGAUCAGUUUUUGUUCUGUAUGUGUGUCUUUCUACAAAGUCACCUUGUUAUGAGCUGUGCUCUUAGGCAAUCAGGGAUGCCUUCACUUAACUCAUAGAACAUCAGAAAUAUUGCAUUAAAAAUUACAUUCCACACUUCCUGGUCAUUGUAGAAAUGCUGUGCUUAGAUUUUAAACCCCCAUUAUAAAACACUUUAGUUAAAUCCAUUGGAAACAACAUUGUGAAGGUUGCAAAUUUGACUUGUCAUUGACAUUUUUUUUCAGUUAUCACAAGCAAUAAUUCUUCAGGUCAGAUUGUACAUGAAAACUCGGCAUCCCUGCUGCUGUAUCACUGUGUUUUAUUUUGCUUUCAGACAGGAAGUAGCCAUGUCACUCAGUGCUCCCAUAUUUGUGCCACUGUUACACAAAUUAAUACUUUGGACUGAGGAUCCACGUGGGACCAAACAGCCAUUUUCGCUCCAUUUGCCUUGUUAUAAUCACAAGACCGUCCUUGGUGUCGAAAUGGUUUUACGUUCAUUGUGUUUUUCUUUAUUGUAUUGUCUACCUCAGCACCAGUUAUUUGUGUAACUUUAUAAAGGUGCCCGAAUGUUGUUACAUUGUUUUGUGCAUACGUUUUGUAGCCUUGUAGGGUUUUCUUUUCUUUAUUUCAGCAUAGAGAUGCUGUUUUGAAGCACUGUGUGGUGAUUUUGAUGCUGCAAAUAGAGGUGUAGGUUUCUUUUUCCUUCUCUAUGUGGGUUCAGACACAUCUCUGUAUAUGUCAGUGUUCUAAAAUAAACUUCUCA